UCCCAGACCCACUUUUAAUUAAGUUUUAUCUUGCAUCACUAGUUCGCAUUGAUACUACCAUCAACAAAGAUGAGGAGGUGGCAAAGAAAUCAAGAGCUAAAGUCCCACCCGUUUGGUGAAAAGGCUUUAACAGAACACUAUGAAAUACUGACAACACUUGGCCGUGGAGGAUUCGGGGAAGUAAAACUGGCUAGCCAUCUACUCACCCAGACAAGGGUAGCAGUAAAAAUUCUUCCAAAAGGCAUAAGGAACACCUUCAUCAAAUCAGAAAUUGAAAUUACGAAAAACCUUGACCACCCAAACAUUAUUAAACUUUUGCACAUAAUAGACACCACAAAUAACAUUUACAUGGUUAUGGAACAUGCCACGGGUGGAGGGCUAAUGCACAGGAUUGUGGAAUUCGGCCUCCUACCAGAAAAAGAGUCCCGGAGGCUAUUUAAACAGAUGGUAUCUGCCCUCAAGUACAGUCACCAAGGGAUCACCCACAGGGAUUUAAAACCACAAAAUAUUCUGGUGGACCACAAAGGAAAUAUAAAACUUAGUGAUUUCAGUUUAGGCACCAAACUUCUCAUGGGACAGAGGUUGGCAGCUUUCUGUGGGACCCUCCCUUAUUGUGCCCCAGAACUGUUUGAAGGUCAAGGCUACAAUGGCCUUGCAGUUGACAUCUGGAGUCUAGGUGUUGUGCUCUACUGUAAGUCCACAGGGUGCCUGCCUUUCCAGGGAAAUACUUAUCAGGAAGAUCUGAAGCAGAAGAUCACGGAAGGAAAGUAUUCUCUUCAACUCAAGCUGUCACCAGAGCUUUGGGACAUGAUUGCCAAGUUAUUAACUGUAAACCCGGGACAAAGACCAAGAAUAGAUGACGUUGUGAGCUUUCCAUGGCUAAAGCAUGGCAGUGAAGGGCCUCCCAAUUCCUUCAGAGAGAGCGCCGACAGCCACCCAGACCCCACUGUAAUGGUCAUCACGGGUGUAAUGAGAUAUAAGCAAUGGGAGAUAAAGGAAGCUUUACAGGAGAAGAAGUUUGAUCAGGUGAUGGCUACCUAUUUGAUACUUAGGCAACCGUCACCCUGGGGGGACACCUUUAUAAAAAAAACUUAAGCCAAGGCAUUCAGAUCGAUCUUUGAAUUUUACAGGGCUUCCCUCAAUGCCAAAAGUGCCCAUAAAGAGGGUGUCUAGUGUCCCUACACUUGCCACCUUAAAUUUGCCCCCUCUAUGUGAAAACC